AUGGUCGAGUCAUUGGGCAGAGAAGAUCUUCAAGUCGCUUCUGAAGCCCCGAUCUACAGGCAACAAGAGGUGCUAGCAAUGGGAAAUGAAAAAGCUGCGGCCAAUAGUGCACACGAAAUCACACCCUUAUCCACACGUAGCUGCUCGACGAAUGGCGAUGAAGAUCUCCCAGAGGGAUGUGAGUUGGCUCCACGACUGGACAAGAUCGUCAAAUCGAGAGGGCAACAACAGCAUGCACAAAACACAAGGAAACUGCGAAAACGCAAAUGGCGCGUAUCAAAGCAGUUUUCAUGCCCCCAAAAAAUCAUUGCACGCUUCGCGUAUCCAGCUGAAUCCCGCCCAUCUACCUCCCACCAUUCAACACCAACUGAAACAGCCGCGCCGACAAUCAGCUCGCCACAUGGCCUCAAGUCACUACCAAAACCUUUUUCGGUUUUCACACAAGCUCUGCGUUGUGUAUCCAGCUACAUGAGACCCUAUAUCAAUCUGUCUUUCUCUUCUUUCAGAAACGCGAUACUGGAAUCUUCAGAUGUCAAUACCCAGCACAAGACACGAGCUCAUGUCGAAGACGAACGCAAAAAAUCUCGAGGGAAAGAACGACAUGAGAAGGUAGUCAGAGUCGUUGCAUUUGUGGUUGAUGACCAGGCCGAGGCAAGACCCAUAGAAAUGAGAGCGAGGUAUAAGAGAGUCAGGGAGAUUAUUAGGGCAAGUGGAUAUCGAGUUGAGGAGGAAUUGUAUGGGGCGCAGAUCAUGGAGGCAUUGCGAGCGUUGCGGCAGUAA